AGUGAAUAUUUGGAGUAGUUAACUAGUGGGAGCCACAAACUAACUUACUACUCCACAUAACUUGGAAGCGUGUGAUUGCCUCGCUUGCUGGAAUGGCUCCAUUACUGAGCUGGUCAUGUAGACCGCUGCUUAUACUGCCUCUUAUUGGAAUAUGUUUCACAAAAUUUGCAAGAGCAGAUGGAGUGAGGUCUGAACUCCACAUAUUCCAUCACUCAUGCGCCCUGAAGAAAGACGAAGGGCCAUGCAAGGCAAUAAAGGACAGGUUCUACUUUGACACUGACACAGGUCGUUGUGAGCUCUUUGAAUACGGAGGCUGUCAAGGCAAUGCAAACAAUUUUGAGACCCUGCAGGAGUGUGAGGAAAUGUGUCUUGUGAAAGCUGCCUCAAACCACAUGGAACAAAAUGCUCCAUUAAAGCCAGAGGAAGAAGCCAAGUCCAAGACAGAACCUCUCGCUAAACAUGUUGAAGCUCCAUUGAAUGCAUCACAUUUGCCACUGCAGAGAAUGUCCAAACCAUCUGCACAGGAAGCAGAGUUCAAUCCCCCAGAAUUCUGCUUGAGUCCAGUUGAUAGGGGCAAUUGUGAAGGCUCUGAGAGGAGAUUCGUGUACAACCCCAGGACUGAGAGAUGCCAGAUGUUUCGCUACAGUGGCUGUGGAGGCAACAAAAACAACUUUGUCCAUAAGAGACACUGCAUGAAAAUGUGCAUGAAAGAUCACAGGAGGAAGCAAAUACGGAUAAAGACGAGGAACUCAAAUAUCUUAUUCCGAUCUGUCUAGGACAUAUUUUUCAUGAUACCAAAUCCUAAACCACUCUUCAGAGAGAAAAUAAGAAAGAGCAGCAUGUGCCAGUACCUCGCUGACACACACAUUAUUGUCAUGUAUAUAAUUAUCACAGUUAAUGGAUUUUAAUCUAGACUUUAUAUAUAAAGACAUUCUAUGUAUUUUAAGUCUAAAACAUAAUCACUGUGUAUUGUUUUAUGGGGAGAAAGGAAAAACUUACAUACAAAAAUUACUCAUUAUCUUUCAUGAAAAAUUACUCAUACAUUUUUUUUUUCACAGUGCCACUUAUACACUAUGGCUGUUAUAAAUAUUUGCUGAAGAUUCUAAAUACUUUUUUUAUUCUUUUCCUUUAUUGUUUUUGUAAAAAUGUUCAAACAUACUAAUUCUUAGUUUUUUGUGUUUAUACAGUACACUCCAAAAUGUUAUGAUUUUUAUGCCCUUGCAUUGUGACCUUGGACUCUUGUCAUUGUUUGUACAUAAUGACUAGAGGCAAAAAAAAAAAAAAAAACUUAAAAAAAUAUAAAUAAAUAAAUUCCAGGACACAGUGAUUGAAAGUUGAGUCUAGCA